GUUUCAAAGUUUAAAAGCGCUGGCAUUAUUGUAUUUGUCAGUGGGGUGGUUCACUAUAACAAGUCCAAUUUGUUGUCUGGUAUUUUAUUUCAGACGUGUAUGUGACUUUCAUCAACCAGAGACACUGAAGGCAAUGCUAAAGGAACUGAAGAUUACAGAUGAACCUGCCAGUGAAGACAGGCUGUUGAACAUGUGUAAAGAUGUUAUACAAUACAGUGUCAAAACAUCAAAUCCGCGGUUCUUUAAUCAGUUAUAUGGUAGUAUGAAUCAGUAUUCACUAGCGGGUAACUGGCUGACAGACGCCUUGAAUCCUAGCAUGUACACAUACGAGGUAGCUCCGGUCUUUACUUUGAUGGAGGAUGAAAUAUACAGUAAAAUGUUACAUUACGUUGGAUUUGACGGUGGUGACGCUAUCUUUGUACCAGGAGGGUCCAUGGGAAAUAUGUAUGGAAUGAAUGUUGCACGUUAUGCUAAAUUUCCAGAGAUUAAAACUGACGGUUUAUAUGCUGUAAAGAAACCUCUUUGUAUCUUCACGUCUGAAAAGUGUCACUAUUCAGUAACGAAGAGUGCGGCAUUGAUGGGUAUCGGUAUGAACAAUAUCAUCUUUGUUAAGUCAGACAAGAUAGGCAAAAUGAUUCCAGACGAGCUAGAGAGACAGAUAAAAGAGGCCAACGAAAAGGGUUAUGAGCCAUUCUUUGUAAAUGCUACAGCAGGAACAACUGUACUAGGAGCUUAUGAUCCUCUAGAUGAAAUAUCUGAUGUUUGUAAGAAACACGGGCUCUGGUUGCACGUGGACGGCGCGUGGGGCGGAAGUGCAGCUAUGUCCACCAAAUAUAGAUAUCUUUUGAAGGGUAUUGAAAAUGCAGAUUCAAUGGUAUGGAACGCUCAUAAGAUGAUGGGUGUCCCCCAGCAAUGCUCUAUAUUUCUAACAAAGCAAAAGGGUAUAAUAAUGGAUUGUCACAGCGCUAAUGCCAGCUAUUUGUUUCAACCAGACAAGAACUACGAUGUUUCUUUUGACACUGGUGACAAGUCUGUACAAUGUGGUAGAAAGGUUGAUGUGUUUAAACUAUGGAUGUUAUGGAAGAAGGAAGGAGAUAGUGGGAUGGAGAGUCGAAUAGAUCACCUGUUUAUGCUGUCUAGAUAUUUAUCUGACAAGUUAAAGAAGACACCAGGGUUCAGACUUAUACAGGAGCCAGAGUGCACCAAUGUAUGUUUCUGGUAUAUACCCCCUAGCUUAAGAGGUCAACAGGAGACCAAAGAAUGGUGGGAUAAACUUGCAAAGGUAGCCCCAGCAAUUAAAGCUGGUAUGAUGCAGUGUGGAUCCAUGAUGAUCGGAUAUAACCCAGACGGAGAUCUCGUCAACUUUUUCAGAAUGGUCCUCACUAAUUUUGACACAACAACAGAAGAUAUGGAUUUCCUUGUGCAGGAGAUAGAUAGACUAGGCCGUGAUUUGUGAUUGAAAAAAAAUCAGCAGUACAACGUAAAUGGUUACAAUUGAAGCCGAUCGGGAACCAAGCUGACACCCGCGCAUGUUUUCCAAGCUUCAAUAAAUAUGUGUCUUGUACUAAAUUAAAUUCAAAUACUUUUAUUCUGACUAUUACCCAAAAAUGUUACUGCAUGACAUUAUACAGUCGUAUUUGCUUGCAAAAUUAAGUAGUAAGUAGUAAAGCAUGAAACUUUUAAUUAUUAGGCCGCGGGUACCCCUAAAUUCCACAGUUUUGUGAUAGUAAUAUAGCAGUAGCACAUGAUACAAGUGCAAAUAACUAUAUGUGCAGAUAUAUUCGCGGGCUUCA